AUGACCUCUUUGAUGAACUGUGCUGACCAAUCUGGUUUCUUUGUUGGUUAUGUUUUGUGUAAAAUAAGAAAAGUAGAAUUCACUAUGCAGCGUAGCUCCGUGCCCACUCUACUUAUAUGCACUCAUAAAAUAACUGGGCACUGCUUUUAUGAUGAUGUGGCAAAAACAGGGGAGGGAGGUGAAGGUAUGACAGGGCAUUCUUUGAUCUGCAUGGAUAAAAAUAUUGGAGCUGUUAAGAAAACUUGGCACUCCUGGCACAAUCGGGCCGCCACUGAUGUUGAACGACCUUUCAUAGUGUCAAUUCUUCAAGAAAAUGCCAUUCUAGUGAGUGAGUUCAUUAAUCAACGACCUUUGGCUUUAUUUGUUCAUUUAAUUUAUUUUCAUUUCUUUUGUUUGGAUUUUAGUGAUGAGGCGAUUGAUUGCAUGCAAAUGAUGCGUAGGAAAACAAAAUUUAACUGCAAAACAUUAACCACGCCUAUUUUAAAAAAUUUGCAUGAUUUUAAGAUAAUUCGAAUUUGUGAAGUCGGUGCAAGUAAAUCACUAGAAGUUGAGAAAAAAGUGCUGACCUACUGUCUCACCUUCAAAUUUAAAUGCCCCUACUGGCCGGUACGUGAUUGGUUAAUCUGGAACUUUUUUAAGUUGAAAAGUUUUUUAGAUAUUGUUGACCAGCUAGUAGCUUCUACUCCUUUUCCCUAUUCACUGCCUUUGUUAAAAAAUAACACAAAAGAUUUAUCAAAAGUAUCAAGAAAACUGUACAAAGAGUGGCGACAAAAGGAGGGGAUACAGUUAGGUAGUAGAAUGGUGGAGAUGGAAGAGAGAUCCCCCUCCGAAUCUCCCAAAAACUAUUUAUUUCGUCAGCUACAGUUGAUGGUGCAUCCAAUCACAAAGACGGCGAAAAACCAUCCAUAUCACGUGUUUCUAAUUUUUUUCUUUAAUUUUUCAUAUCAUUAUUUGAAAAGAGGGAAGGUGAACAGGUGCGUGUGCUUGAAAACCGUUGAGUUUCCACCUCCGAGUAAUCAGGAUGUAACGACUUCAAAAAGGAAGUCGUCUUUUGCCUAUGACAAAUAUAUUCGCUUUGCUCAAAUCUUCCUUGUCAAUCAUAUUGGUCUCACAAAUAUGACAGGUUUUUGGCCUAAAUUCUUUUGGCCGCUGAAAAACAUAAACAACCGCCUUUUGUCUUUCAUAAAUUUUCUCAUUCACAAACCCAUUCAUUAUUUUAUUCAUUUUGUCAUUAUUUAUAAAAUGGCAACCUUUGGUAAAGUAUCAAAAUAUCUGUUCAAAAUCUGUACAUUUGAACAGGUCUCCACCUACGAAUCUUCGACCGCUUUUACCAACAGCACUACUGAAAAACCUUUUAAAUCAAAUGGUGGUCACAAACAGUUGGAGGCAGGCAUUUCUAAAAUACAUUUAAGAGAAAUUUCAAUUUUGUUUAUUUUAUCAGCUGGUUAUUUCACAUCCAAAUAUGUUGGAAGGUUUUCAAGAAAUAAUUCUAUGAACCGAUUACAAAGCUUCCUUCAUAUCAUUUAA